AUGGCCGCAGCCAUACUGGUGUGGACGUCUUUGAUGGCGUUCUACGUGGAGGGCGAGAAGGGUCACCUCAUGAACAACCAGAAUUCCAGCGCUGCUUCGGCGCUGCCUCGCGACGGGGAGACGCUGGCCCACUUGGUUCGCUUCGAGUUCCGGAUGAAAGACAAGGACCUGUCGAAGCACUUGAAGCACAUGCGCCUUCGCGCUCACGUGGUGCUGCAACUCGGCUGGGAGCUCAUCGACCGCGGCCACCCCGCUUUCUGCAAAGCUGCUGCCGGCGAUCCCGCGGCCAUACGCGCAGCGAAGGAGGCUUUCGAGAGGCGCGUGAAGCUGUGCUGCCCGUGGCUCGGCACCUCUGGGGGCGCCGACGGGGUGGCCCCGCCGGACGUCGAGAAAGCGACGGUGGUGGCGGAGCCGUCCAGGAGCAGCGUGCAGGAUAACAAGCACGCGACUCCGGCGCUGGCCAGCACAGACGUCGCGUCUGUCUUCGACGAUGCCAGACCGACCUCCUGCGCACCCACAGAUGCGACGUCCCGGCAAGGGACUUCGGGCCAGCGGCAGCAGCGAGCCAUGGACGGCGGGCCAGUCGUCCUGUACGUCGCCGACGCAGCCAUGUUGGAGCAGUGGAAUGGGAAGUGCCCCGCGAUUGCGUUCCCGCACACGCUACUGUGGCAGAGCGGGGGGCCAGACUUCACGAGGGCCUGGCGCCAUGGUGCCGACGUCGUUCAUCGACGACGAGCAACGGGGCGGCCCGAGGAAGUAGAGAACCGGCCAUCCAUCAGCAUGGGGAUGUGGCUGGCAGGCAUGUGCCGUCGAGUGGAGCACCAGAUCCGAUCGGACUGGCUCUUCAUUCCGGGCAUGCGCAAUGCCCACUUUCGCUUUUUGGGCAUCGCCGCAAGGUUGGGGAGCAAAGUGAGGAAGUACGUGGACGAAGAUGGAUCAGCGUUCACGGAGCGACUCACGACGGCCGCCCGCGGAUUGCACGACCUGUUGGCGAAGGAGUACUACGGACCCAAGAGGCGGCCGAUUGCUGGCAACUUGACGGUGCUGCACAUGGCGCACGGCCUGGACACGACCCAGAAACAGAUCGUGCACAACAUGCGCGCGGUGACGAGCACUCUUGCAGGCACCCAGGAACUGCGUCGCAGGAUGGGCCACGUCUUCCAGUUUGGCGCGAUUGGCUACGGGCACGGGCUUUUCAUCACCAUUUCGCCAAAUGAGAAGCAGUCCUGCUUGGUCAUGCGUCUGCACAGAGUACGCCAGGACGACCCGCUGCUGCGCGCGGGGUGCACAGACGACGCACGGAAUUCCAUGAGAAAGCGGUUGGCGUCACGGGAGUGGCCUUCACUGUCGGAGUGCGCCGACGCGGAGCUCCCCGAUUUCGAUUUGCGUCUUUGCGAAGUGGCCAAUGAUCCUCUCUCGGUCGUUCAGGGCUUCCGCGUCGCCGUGAACGUGAUCUUGGGCCGCCUCCUGGGCCUGCGGUUGUGCGCCGAGUGCGGCGUCGCGCGAAGAUAUCGCAGGCAGCCCCGGUGCUGCUGCACGGACAAGUUCGGCUCCAACUCGCGCCCCAUGGGCUGCAUUUUCGGGGUUGCUGCGGCUCUACUUGGCGCCGUCGAGAACCAGCACCCAGGCGCGCUCCACUUCCACGGGUUCGUGUACCUCGCGAACAUGUUCCAGCGCGCGCCCUUGACUGAGAUCGCAACGAAAAUUCGGGAGUCCCCUGGCUUGGUGGACUCGGUGAAGGAGUGGCACGCGUGGGUCCACAGGGAAGAGCACUGGGCCCCCGAGGAGCACCGGGAGAACCUUCCGUCGUUGGAGUUAGAGUGGCGGCAAAAUCACCGCGCAUCGGAGCACGUAGGUCUGUGUCGGUGGCCCUCUUAUAUGGACCAUGCCGAGCCGAAGACGAAGUGGGACGAAGGGUGCGAUGCCGUUGCCUGCGGCGCCGACGCGGCCAGCUUCAAGCAGGCUUACGAGGCAGACGCGCAGAUGAUUUUCUCGAAGGUCCAGCAUCACCACCGUCCAAACGGGAAGCCGCUCACACACUGCAUCAAGAAAGGCUGCAAGCACGGUGACAAGUGCAAGCACGGCUUCCCGAAGACCAUGCUUCUGGCGGCUCCAGACGGACCGAGGUUUCGUGUCGCGUGCCCUCAGGUGGCCAAGGAAGUCGGGCUUAAAGUGAACGGACCGCGGAAUGCGUUGGGCGAGAUCGUGGGCCCCCGGAGCGACGAUUUCCUGAGCGGGACUUGCCCAGCGUUUGCGGUGGCAUUUCGGAGCAACACGCACACCGCGCCGAACAACCGGCUGCCGCUCAUCACAGGCAUCACUCACGACCCGACUUGCCUGUGUCGACACGGCGCCAGAGAAGAGACAGGAGAAGGGCACCUUCGACGCAUCGCGUUCGCGGUUCAGCGGUCCAUGUCGAACUCUUCGCGGUACAUCGGAGGGUACAUUUCCAGGGUGCAGCGCGUCGGGAGGAAGGCGCGGGAACUCGCGAAGACCUGUCUGUCCACGCUGGCCCAGCGAAUCCAAGGGAAGUCCGAGAUGCAGCAGACGAUGAACACUUUUCACCGCUGCAUCGGGGACUGGGAGGCCAAGGGCGUGGCGCGGACGAUCGUCGAGGAAGUGAACUUGGCGCACUUCGCGGACAGGCCGAACCCGCUUGCAGCGGAGUGCAUCACGUCGUGCCCUGUCGCCGACUUCUACGCGGGCUGCUUCCUCCAGAUCGUGACGGACGAAACUCGGGUAGGGCGCGCGACGGCGCGGCGCCAGCAGAGGUUCGUGCUGUUCACGGACGCAGGCGGGGUGACCACGCCGCCGGACGCGACGGCGCGAGCGUACGCCUACCGACCGAAUCAUGCCGAGCUGAAGACUUUGAGCCCUCACGAAUUCGUCCGCUUGUACGAGGUGGUACCAAAGUGCCCGCCGCCAAGAGAUGCUUCGAAACCAUCGACGGGUCCGACGGAGUGGACGGCGAAUUCGCCGCCGGCCGCGGCGGAUGGGCCUCUGCGGCCUGGGGUCCACUAUGUCGUGAAGCCACCCACGGACGAAUGCAGGUACUUCGCGCUCGAAGAGGACCCAGACGACAUGGACUUCGCUCACAUGUACGUGAUUGUUCCACGGGGCGUCCCGGCGCUACCGAUCUUCAUCGGGUCCGUCACGCCGCAGCCCGACAUGACGGCCGAGCGCCGCAGCGCCAUUCUUUCUGCGUGUUUCCGGCCAUGGUCUCUGGUGUGCAAAUACGGAUCUUCUCGGGGGCUUGUUCCGCUAGCGAAGCAUCUGAACUUGCCGCCCAAGCGCCAGCGCUCUGGGAGGAGCGCGCCGAGCUUCCGAGUAGCCCUGAAGCACUACCUUCGCGGCCACAUCGUCUCGGUUUCCAACCGCGUCCUGUGGGCGAACGUGCUGCGCACAAUGACGACGACGCCGGAGGCCGCCGACGAGGAUGAGGACGACCAGGACUCGAAGACAGUCGAGGCGCUGCCCGAGGACGCGUUCCCCGAUCUCAGCCCCAUCAGCAUCAUGGCAGAGUUGCGGCGAGUGGACCGAGACGCCAGGGCGGAUGCCGCCGGCGAGGACAUUGGGCACCUCUCCCACUCGGUGCACAAAGCGCUGGAGCAGAGCAUGUCCUUCUGGGACCCACCGAACACCGAAACCACGUGGCGCGUUCCACAGCGUCAGUCUGCUCUUCGGCAUUGCAGUUCGCUGUCAGCGGGUGCUCGCGGAGAUGCCCGGGAGCCGUUGCGGAAAUCGGCGCGCCUGAAGAAGCGGGACAAGCUGUACCCUGGCGACGCUGACCUGACAAGCAACAUCCAGAGCUGGCGGAGAGGACGGGGGGGGGGCAAUCGCGAGACGUGGGACUACCCAAAGUAUGGCAUGAACGCAGUUUUGUCGGAGCGCCCGCUCCGUUUCGCUCUGGAAGAAGUUAUCGAAUAUGAAAAGUCUUCGGCUUCCGAGCAGGCGCGUCUCCAACCGAGCUCGCGCGGAGCAUCUGCUGCGUAG